GUUGAGUCAAAGUUUAUAAGACACAUAAGCAAUUGUUCAUUUCUUACGGAGGGACUAGCUGACGAACGGGGAAAUGGUGGAGCAACUGUUGGUGUUGGACGAGGCCAGAUUCACCUCGAACCUCACAAAAUCAUUGCUGGCAGUGGCUUUACUGACGUCAUUUGGCAGCUCCAUGCUGUACGGAUUUAAUCUCGCUGUGGUCAACUCUCCUGCCCAGUACAUCAGAGACUUCUAUAAUGAGACACUUCAAGAACGUUACGGCUGGAUUGCAGACAAGAGGCACCUCACAAUCUUGUACUCGCUCACUGUGUCCAUCUUUGCCAUUGGUGGAAUGAUCGGAUCUCUGUUCGUGCGAAAACUUGUCACCAAGUAUGGCAGGAAGGGUACUCUGGUGAGAUCAUCUGUGCUGGUGUUUGUUGGGGGGGGUCUUAUGGGCUUCAGCCGAGCAUUGGGCGAGCCAUCCAUGGUCAUAAUUGGACGCUUCAUCGUUGGAUUACACUCAGGUAUCUCUAUCAGUGUGGUGCCAAUGUACCUUGGCGAGAUCGCGCCAAAGAAUUUGCGAGGCUUCUUGGGUCUUAUCCCAACCCUCCAUAUUUGUCUUGGGGUCUUCAUUGCUCAGGUCCUGGGGUUACAUGAGCUGAUGGGAAAGGAACAGGACUGGCCUCUGCUCAUGUCCCUGAUAGUAUUUCCAAACCUGGUCCAGUUGAUGCUGUUACCAUGGUUUCCUGAGAGCCCACGGUACCUGUUGAUAGAAAAGGGAAACGUUCACGCCACCAUUGCAGCACUCAAGUGGUUCCGUGCUAGAGGCAACAUCCAGUUGGAGAUUGAGGAGAUGCAGGAGGAACAACGCUCUUUGUCCUCCAUCCAGACGGUAUCUGUUUGUGGACUCCUCAUGGACCACUGCGUUCGCUGGCAAGUCAUCACCGUUGUAGUGGUCAACAUGGGCAUGCAGCUAUCUGGCAUUGAUGCGAUUUGGUACUACACAAAUGAUAUAUUCAAGAAUGCUGGAAUUCCAGAGCCUCGCAUUCAGUAUACCACAGUGGGAACCGGAGCCAUUGAGGUCAUCUCUGGAAUGUUGGGUUGUAUUACUAUUGAGCGUGUUGGUCGGAGACCUCUGCUAAUUGGUGGUUAUAUCUUCAUGGGCCUCUGCUGUGCUGGGAUCACCGUGUCGGUCCGCUUCCAGGACGAGCUGCCAUUCAUGCACUACGUCAAUGUAGGCUGCGUUGUUGGGAUUAUUGCUGGCUUCUGCAUUGGUCCAGCCGGUGUGCCGUUCCUCAUCACUGCAGAGCUGUUCAAGCAGUCGCACCGACCAGCAGCUUACACCAUGGGGGGCUGUCUCAACUGGUUGUCUAACUUCACCAUCGGCUUUGUCUUUCCCUUCCUUGAGCUGGCUACAGGACCUUACUGUUACCUCAUCUUCUGCGCAAUCUGCCUGGGAGUGGCUGCCUACGCCAUCUUCAUCCUUCCCGAGACCAGGAACAAAACCUUCAUGGAAAUCAGUCAGAUGUUUGCCUGCAAGAACGACAUCCUUGAAGAGGAGCUGACAUCCAACGGGCAUCUGAAAAUGUCGCUGAUGAAUGGCUAUGGGACUCUGUAA